CUAGGACUUGGCGCUGUUGUAUAAUCUAUUCACAGUGAUACAUUGCUUGAAGAAUGAACAAAUGUGUGUUCGUAUUUCAUAGAUCGGAUUUUUUUAUUGGUAGGAUUCAUGUUUUGAAAUAUAAGUACAUCGGAGACACAGCUUGUGUUUUGUUGAACUUUUCAUGUGUGUGAUCUGAGACGUUCUCAAUGGAUGUGUUGAGUUUAAUGUUAGUGCUGGUCGUCAUGGUGAUAGUGUACCGAUGGUUUAGUAGAACUGACCAGAACUUGCCGCCAUGUCCGGUCAGACCACUGCCUGUAGUUGGUCAUCUGUUGUCUCUGGACAAAGACCCCAGGGAACAGUACAAGAGAUGGAGGCAGCAGUGUGGGGAUAUCUUCAGCCUGUAUCUUGGAGAAAAACUGAUGGUCGUUCUGAACGGAUAUGACGUCAUCUAUGAAGCUUUGGUUACCAGGGGAGAUGAAUUCUCGGACAGGCCCCGGAUGUUUGUUCACGAAGCAAGCGGAUCCAGCUACACAGACAAAGGUUUCGCCUUUCUCUCAGGGAACCCGUGGAGGGAGAACCGGGGGACGUCGAUGCGACUGUUGAAACAGCUCGGCAUGGGAAGGAACAUCAUGGCAGAGAAAAUACAAGAGGAGGUCAGUUCUUACCUGACAGCUUUAUCUCACCUGCAAGGACAACCGACUGACAUCAGGUACUUAACAUAUGCCAGCGUUUCAAAUGUCACCUGUUCGUUGAUAUUCGGCCACAGGUUUGAUUACGACGACGUGGAAUUCCAAAGAUUGCUCAGUCUAAUGAGGGAUGUCAUGUCUAAUGUUCAGAUGAACUCACUUUUAAAUUUUGUUCCGUUGCUCAAGUUUGUUCCGGGGGAUUUUUUGAUGACUCGUAAUACUACUUUCGCCCUACGUGAAAUAAUUAAAUUUGUUAAGUCGUAUGUUGACAAACACAAAGAAAGUACAUACAAGCAUAACAGUGAAGCUUCGGAAAAUUUCAUCACAGCUUAUUUUAAAGACCGAGAUUUUAAACUCAAGACAGAAGUGGUUUCCGAUAUGGAUGAUCAGAAUUUAAUAAAAACGUGCAGUGAGUUGUUUUUCGGAGGGACGGAAACGGUUGCUCAGACGAUCGCGUGGUGUGUCCUGUGUAUUGUCAAUUACCCGGAUGUGCAAGAGAAGAUCCACCGCGAGAUCAAGGAACAGAUCGGGGCUCUGCGCAUGCCAAACAUCCAGGACAAAACGAGGCUGCCUUAUCUAGUUGCCGUCAUCAAUGAGACGGUUCGACUUUCAAGUAUUUUACCUUUUGCCGUGCCACGCUCGUGCUCCACAGACACGGAAAUUUCCGGUUACAAAAUCCCCAAAGGUUCCUACAUUUGUCCAAACUUAUCCUCUGUUUUACAUGACGAAAAGAUCUGGGGCGAUAACGUUAUGACCUUUCACCCUGAGAGAUUCCUGGAGCAUGACGGGAGACUGAAGAAGAUUGAAGAGUUCGUCCCAUUCUCCCUCGGCCCACGGAAUUGUCUGGGAGUCUCCCAGGCCAAGAUGGAACUGUUCCUCUUUCUCUCUGCAAUGUUUCAACGCUUUGAGUUCCGGUCACAUGACCCGUCCCGUAAACCCUCUAUGGUCAGCGUGCCGGGAUUUACUUCAUCAACUUUACCUUUUAAGGUCAUUGUUACAAGUCGAAAUAUUUGAAUACAGUUUCAAGAGAAUACACACUUGAAUCAUUGUGCAGAUUUUCUAUUUCAAUUGUAUUCUAAUUGAAUGUGUAUAUUUGUAUUAUAUUUGAACAGACAGACUUUUAUAGUGAGUUAGUGAUAGUAGUUGUUGGUAAGAAUUUUAAAUUGCUUUACUGCAUUCAUUCGUUAAAUCCAAACCAACUGGGGAAAGUUAAAAAUGAUGGUAUACGUUUUAUCUGGAGGUGUUUUUGUUUUACACAACCAAAUUUAUAACAGUUCAAUUCAUUUUAUGAUUUUUAUUUCUAUUAUUUGCUCAUAAGUAGUUAUUUUAGUUUGUGUACUUAAUCAAUAACAUAAUAUGAGCUU